GCUCCUUCAACGAAACAACUUCCAGAGCAAUGCCUACCCGUACCACAAUGUUGAUUACGCACUCCCCCCCCAUCCUUCCCUCCUCCCCCUACCCAAUAUCAUACACUGCCUAUCAAAUAAAAAAAGCACUCCACGAGCCGGGCGGUGCCACGGUAGCUCAAGCUUCCAAUCAGCGAGCGCUUAUCGAAGUGGUAGGUUCCCUCCCAGUAAUUGGUUUCUCUGACAAUAGUGCCCCUAGCUUGAAAAGCUUGGUUACAUGGUGUCGUACGUGGCAGCGGGCGAAACAAGCAGUUUUUUUUCUUUUUCCCGCUCCUCUCCAUGAAACUGAGUUGUGAUGGUGGUGGUGGUGAGAAGUGAGAACCGGUGUGUUGGUCGGGGCGGGAAGGGAAAGAUCCGUGUAGUUUAUAGCGGGUGGGUGGACAGACUGGGCGCGCGCCCGGAUACACCGGCUUAGCUAUAUCCAGUGAGGAUCCGGCAAGCAUGGGCUGUCGAUAUAUAAUGAACCUAUUCAUUCCGGUUUCUUUUUCUCACGUUCCUCAUACCUUGGCGUUCCAGACAUCAUGAAUAAUUUGAUAGAUAGCGUCAUCAAGGAGAGAAUUGCAGGGCAACGAAAGUCGAGAUUACUCCCGUGGAUUAAGAAUCCCUUCAAAGAUGAGUUCGAGGGUAGUAUCGGGUCGCUGUCGCACGGCUCCAGUGUGAGUGUGCACAGCCUUAAGCAACGGCCCGAUUUCAGGCACAGUGUCAUCGACCAAGGAGAGCCUAUGACACACAAAGAGGAACUCGAAAUUGAGGAAGCAACCCCGAUAGAGCUUUUCUAUGACUUGUUUUUUGUCGCUAAUCUCACGACUGUCACGGGGGUGCAUUAUAUUACUGAGAAGAAAAGUCUGGCCUCGUACGGGCUUUUCUUCAUUAUCCUUUGGUUUACUUGGUUGCACGUUACUCUUCUCGACGUUCGAUUCUCCCGUGACUCGGUGUAUGAACGGAUAUGCAAAUCCAUCCAUUUUAUAGUGAUGGCUGGUUUCUCGUCUGUAUCGACGCAGUGGAAUCCAUUGGAUCCUACCGACGCUCAUACCGUCACUGCGCUUAGAACUAUGACGCUCGCGUUGAUGUUCUCGCGGUAUAUUCUUAUGAUUCAGUAUUUCGUGGUUAUGUUGUUUGCUAGGAUUAAGAAGCAGGCUAUCCUCCCACUUGCGUUGCAUUGUUUUACCAUGGCUGUUGCGGGGAGCCUUUACCUCGGGCUGUAUUUUGCUUUUGAGAAGGGCAACCCAGCAAAGUCUUACAUUGGAUGGUAUAUCGCGGCGGUAUUCGAGGCCAGUGCCAUUAUCGGGACUUCGAGUGUCUGGAGGGUAGUCAGUUUUAAGAAGACGCACCUCGUCGAAAGAAUGGGGUUGCUAACACUUAUCAUUUUGGGCGAGGGCAUUAUCGUCAUGCUUAAAGCUAUCAACGCAAUCGUCAAGGGCACUGGGUGGACAGCUGACCUUGCUGGAAUUGUCGCAGCUUCCCUAGCCAUCAUCUACUUUUUCUGGAUGUUCUACUUCGACUACAACCCCAGAAACGUCCAUUAUGGCACAAUCCGCCAGCAAAUCUGGACCCUCCUACACUUCCCCUUCCACCUCUCUAUUGUCCUCUCAGUAGAAGGCCUCCGACAGUUAACCACCUGGCACGGCAUGAACACCUACAUAUCCGGCAUCUUUCAAGAGGCGGAGACCCUCACCGAGCCAGCGCUGGUGGCAGAGUGGUUCCAGUUCCACUUCGAGUCUCUGUAUGAUGAUGGUGGCUCUAAAACCGUAGUAAAAGGAUACCCAAACAUCACCGCGAACAUUGAUUCCCUUGUGACCCUCGCCAACAACAAUGCCACUUCACAAACCGGGUAUCCGCAUAUGGUCAACGAACUACUAUCUGAGCUGCUCGUUGGAAUUGCAGAGUAUUACGGCGUCAAAGCACCUCGGCCAACAACAUUUUUAAUUAAAUACGAAGAACCAUUCAGUGAAGACGGCCCAUUGGGAAAGGUUCUUGGCGUAUUCAAUCUAGUCUAUGAAUACUUCUUCGUCUCACUGGGGUGCGCGUUUAUACUGCUCGCCGCGUUUACAUUUCUUGUCCGCCGGAAUAAGGAUGUUCACGAUUACCUCUCCAUUGCAAUAAGGGUCGCCGUAGGAGUUGUCAUGUAUGGAAUGAUUGGACUUCAUACAAGGGGUAAUGAGGAGCUCUAUUACAAUUACUUGUAUAGCCCUUGGCCAAUUCCGCAGGUCUGCUUGAUAACUUUUCUGGCUCUCGUGGUGGACAAGAUGUUGAAUUACCUCGCCUAUAGGCACGCUGUAGCUGCCCUCCACAAGUAAGACUUUUUUCUAUCUUAAUUAUUAUUUCCCUCUUCAUCAUUCUCCGCGCAGGCCGCGUUUUCCUAAAAUGUGGGUGUAACAUGUGUUUUCGGCAUUUUUCCUCUAUUUCCCUUUGCUUCUACUUCAUGUACACGGUUAGAGAUACACAGCACGAUGGCGUUGCAUUAUAGAUGACAUUUCACUUUUCCCUCUUUUUCUUAUUGCUCUCCCCCCCCCCUUUUUUUUUUAGUUUUUUUUCUCCGCCUUUUGUUUCCAUUUUCUUUCGCCUGUUUCCCCUAGGGAUACAGUACAUGGUCCGGUUUGUCUUGGCUUGGGUUUGGGUUUGGUCUGGUUGGUUUUGUCAGUCAAUUCUUGUUUUUGGAAGAAUCCUUAAAAAGGGCUCAUUCGCAAUACUUUUUAGGAAGCGGAUUGGCAGCAUUGGGCGUUUUGGAUGGGGUAGGAGGGAGUACGUACCUUUGGAGGAGUAGGUUUGAUUUGAAUUUUACAAAAGGUGUUGGAUAUGGGGGGGGGCGGUGGAGUGGGAUGGGAUGUGGGGAAAUCAUGACAAUUUUCUCCU